AUGUUCAAUACCGAUGUCCACGCUCCACAAGUAGAAGAUAUACCUGAAGAAGAUCCUUCACCAAAACAAGCUUCUACGGUUGAGGAAAACGCAGAUUCACCUGGACUGGCAGAGGUUAUAGAGAGUGUGAAGUUGUUGAGAAAAAAGCUUAGUGAAGUAUUAAAGGACAUACACGAGAAGCUCGAUGCACAAGAUAAAAGAAUCAUAGUUGUUGAAGCAUUUGUGAAUAAUACACAAGAUAGUGUACCUGAUAUGGAUGAUGAGUGGAGAUGUAAUGAUGUUGGUUAUGAUUUCAGUUUUGAUAGGGCUGAAAAAUAUCAAGAAGGAGCAGACACUACUGGUAAAGGAGCAGGAAGUGUUGGUAAAGAAGCAGAAGCAAGCAAAUGA